AUGUAGCAUUAAAACCAAAUAUUGUUUAUUUGUAUUUAAUAUUGUGUCCUGUGUAAAACGGUUUUAUCUUUCUUUUUGAUCAGGCACUCCUUGGCCGAAGUCUAAGGCCCCCGUGUUUAUGACGUCACUGGUGAUUUGGAGGAUGCUGUAGCCUAAAGUUGGUGUACACUGCGUUGUGUUUAAAAUUAAUGUCAACAUAUUUAUACAAAUGCAUAGUUCGUACUACAAACCGCACAAUGGUACAAACUGCACCUACACCAAGUUGAAAGCUUCAUGUCAGGCUAAAGCGGGCCCCCGCGGUCCAGCCAUGCCUCAGAAACCCCAAAAGAGCGCCCAGACGGCCCACUACAUCGAGCUGGGAGGGUACCAGUACUGGCCCGUGCUGGUGCCCCGGGGCAUCCGCCUGUACACCUACGAGCAGAUCCCCGUGUUCCUGAGGGAGAACCCCUACAUCACGGACGGGUACAGGGCCUACCUGCCCGCCCGGCUGUGCAUCAAGAGCCUCUUCAUCCUGUCCAACGAGACGGUGAACAUCUGGAGCCACCUGCUGGGCUUCGCGCUGUUCUUCCUGGUGGGCGUGUACCACAUGGCCUCGGUGCUGCCGGCCAUGGGCGCCUCCAAGGAGGACUACGUCAUCUACUCCAUCGGCCUCUUCUGCUUCCAGCUGUGCAUGCUGUGCUCGGUGGGCUAUCACCUGUUCUGCUGCCACCGCUCGGAGAAGACCAGCCGGCGCUGGAUGGCGCUGGACUACUCGGGGGUCUCCAUCGGCAUCCUGGGCUGCUACGUCCCCGGAGUCUUCUACACCUUCUACUGCAACAACUACUGGCGGCAGGUGUACCUGCUGGCGGUCCUGGCCAUGAUCCUGGCCGUGUUCUUCGCUCAGAUCCACCCCCACUACCUCAGCCCGCAGUGGCGGCGGCUGCGCUCGCUGACCUUCUGCCUGGUGGCGGCGUACGGCCUGGUGCCCACCGUCCACUGGGUGUCCCUCACCGGGGGCUUCUCCUCUGAGCUGGUCCAGGCGUUUGUUCCUCGCGUUUUGGGGAUGUACCUCAUGGCUGUGCUCGCUCUCCUCUUCUACGUUUCCAAAGUCCCUGAACGCUACUUCCCAGGCCAGCUGAACUACCUGGGCUCCAGCCACCAGGUGUGGCACCUGCUGCUGGUGCUGAUGUUCUACUGGUGGCACCAGUCGUCGUGCUUCAUCAUGGCGUACAGGCACAGCCAGCCGUGCCCCGACGCCGCCAACCCCGCCUAGGACCCCCCC